ACCACUCUCAUCAAUUUCUCUUUUGUCCAAUUACUUGAAUUACAAUCUUACCCACCAACGAAGAAACAUUUUUCUUCUUCUUCUUCUUCCUUUCUAUAUAUAUCAAAAAAUAUUACUACACACCAAACAUCAUAUAAUUUCCAUACUAACGCACCUUUCCUUAAAUAAACUUAGUUUGAUUCUUUUGAAGUCAUGGAAGGUUCAAAUAAGGAAAUGAACAUUCCAAAAAUAGUAUUCUUCGAUAUAGAAACAACAGUUCCAAUGAGAGCAGGAUUAGGCCAAGAAAACCGGUUCUGGAUAUUAGAGUUUGGUGCAAUUGUUAUAUGUCCUCAAAAACUGAUGGAAAUCGAGAGUUUCUGCACACUGAUUCGGCCUGGAGACCUGUCUGCUGUUCCAUUAAAGUCGACUCGAAGCGAGGGGAUCACAAGACAGAUUGUGAGUCAUGCUCCAACAUUUGAGGAAGUUGCUGACAAAAUAUAUGAAGUGUUGGAUGGUAAGAUAUGGGCAGGUCAUAAUAUUCAGAGGUUUGAUUGUCAUAGGAUUAAGGAAGCUUUUGCUGAUAUUGGUCGUAAAGGUCCUCAACCUUCGGGUAUGAUUGAUUCUUUGGGUGUUCUUUCGGAUAAAUUUGGAAGAAGAGCUGGUGAUAUGAAGAUGGCAACAUUAGCUAAUUACUUUGGACUUGGUCAGCAAAAGCAUAGGAGCCUUGAUGAUGUACGUAUGAACUUAGAAGUCCUCAAAAGUUGUGCAACAGUCCUCUUCCUGGAGUCAAGUUUACCAAAUGUGCUGAGCAACAACAGGCAAAAUGGCUCAUACACAAUGAUAACAAGGAGCAGGAAUAAUGCACAAAACAAGAAAAUGCUACAAACUAAUAAUAAUAAUAAUAAUAAUAAUAAUAAUAAUAAUAAUAAUAGACAAGAAUCAAGUACCAGAAAAUCUCCUCCUGCAGCUUCAAUUGGGUAUAUAAGAUCAGUACCUUAUCCAACAAGAGCAAGUUUAAGAAAGAUGACUGAAAGAGUUAAGAGUAUAUUGUGCAAAGCACAAAGCAGCCCAUCCAUCAAUAAUUUGAUUAAACAUUCGCAUUCAAUUCUACGAUAGUCUCCGAAAAAUACAUAUCUCAUAUUAUAUAAUUGUUCUUCUAUUUCCUGAUCUAGAAGAGUUAAGAAGACUCUCUAUUCCACGGAAAGUCCAUCGACAUAAACUUUUAAUUAGUUCAUUAAUUUGGUAUCAGAAGAUAACGUUAUUCUUCAAAUAUUCUUAUGGGGAAGAAAACUUGAGGGUACGUGAUUACUGGAUUUUAGAAGCAGCUGCAAGGAAAGUGCAUGAUUUUAUGCAUUAGAGUCAUGAAGAAGUUACUAACAUCAUUCUUUUUUUUUUUUUUUUUUUUUUUCCUUUUUCUCUUCUUCAUUGGGUUAAUCUUCCUUCAUUCUUGAUCUUUUAUUUGCAUAUAAUGAUUUCAUACAUUUUAAUUUGUACAUUAUAAUACUUUGAGUCAUUCAAUUGUAAAUAAAAUUCUUUAUCUGUGUAAAGGUUUCAAUUUUCAAUUGGAGACAAAGGGUGAAUAAAGAAUUUGUCCGCUUUUAUUUUUUGUUUUGAAAAUCUUUCAAAGGUUUACUAGUUUUCCUGUUUGCAGCAUUAUAUAUGGAAUAAUAAUAUGCAAAAUCAAAUUAGACAAAAUAAAUUGUUAACGAGGUUCGGCUAC